AUGCUUAAACUCUUGGCGCACAUGCAGGCAACGCUUAAAGCGGCGCCUUUAUCUGUAAGCGCCUUGGCAGCCGUGGGUUGUCUAGUGCUGUCUCGUCUGGUGCUGCAGCUAUUGGUUUCAUUCUACGCAUUCUUUUUGCGUCCAGCCAAGAGCUUGAAAAGCUUUGGCCAGUGGGGUGUCGUUACGGGUGCCACGGAUGGCAUUGGUAAGGCGCUCGCCAUGGAAUUGGCAAGGAAAGAAAUGAAUUUAGUGCUGCUGAGCCGCACGCAGAGCCGGUUGGAGACUGUACGCAAUGAAAUUCUUGCCAAGUAUCCGACGGUGCAAGUGAAGACCUUGGCUGUAGACUUUGACCGCGUGGACGAACCCAAAGUACGCGAGAUUAUACAGAAGAAGCUGGACGAAAUCAGAGAUGUCGGCGUGUUAUUUAAUAACGUUGGUGUGUCGUAUGAUUUCCCUGAAUUCUUCGACCAGCUAUCAGAAGAACGCAUGGAUAGUUUAAUCAAGCUGAACGUGACUAGCGGCACAAUUAUGACAAAACUGGUGCUACCGGGCAUGGUGCAACGCAAGCGAGGUGUGAUUGUCAAUUUAAGUUCUGGCUCAGGCCGCAUGGUCGUGCCGCUGCUCAGUGAGUACAGUGCCACUAAAAAGUACAUUGAGCAGUUGACGCUGUGUCUCGCUGCCGAGUACGCCGCUAAAAACCUUCUUGGUACCCUCUCCCACCACAUCUGGCUGUAUGAGAGCGUCCCCUCUUGGCUACUAGCUAAGGUUGCAAUGAUAACCCAUUUGUCUCUGCGCAAGCGUGCGCUCAAAAAGCUCGAAGGAAAGAAGAAGGAGUAG